AUGACAGAUGGCGUAGAUGACGAUAUGAUUGUCGCCGAUCCUGCUGCCGCUUCUGCUGAUGCAUCUGCAGGUGAUCAACUGCAGAUGCAUUGGUUUAAGCUGUUUUUGGGAUUGAUACCAAUAACAACAAUUCUUGGCAACAUACUUGUUAUUCUAUCUGUUCUCAGAUUUAAAUCUCUACAAACAGCAGUUAAUUUUCUGAUAUUUGGUUUAGCAUUUGCUGAUCUAUUUGUUGCAGUUUUUGUUAUGCCUUAUGCGGUGUAUAUUGAGAUCUCAGGUGGUAUGUGGUUUUUAGGCGAUUUAAUGUGCAAUAUAUAUUCAGCAUCUGAUGUUGCAUGCAGUACUGCAUCAAUUUUAAUUCUUGCAGUUAUAAGUUUUGAUAGGUAUCGUGCUGUGUCAAAACCAAUAGCUUAUUCUCGUCAAACUCAAAAUAUUGUUCAAGUAUUCUAUAUGUUAGGAGCAAUUUGGCUUGUUUCAAUUGCGGUUGCUAGUCCAAUAGUGCUUGGUGCUAAUACUCGUCCAGAAAAGGAUCCACUAUAUGAAUGCCGUUUAUAUAAUCCACUGUUUAUAAUACUUUCAUCAAUUGUCAGUUUUGUUAUUCCCUGUUUUGUUGUACUGUUUGUUUACUUGAGAAUUUUACAAGAACUUCGAAAACGUGAAAAGGCAGCAAAAAUUAGGCAUUCUUCAAAUGCUAACACAAUGUCUAUGCAAAGCUCAUGUGCAACAUCUUGUAAUAGUACAGCCAGUCUUGAUGAACCAGGUCGACUGAACAACGAUGCCGACGAAACAGCGUUAUGUAAAGGAAGUGGUUCGUUGUCUGGUCAUACUUCGACAAGAACCGUUCCAUCGACAAGAAUGAUAAGUGUUUUUAGGUAUAAAUUUUUAUAUUUUUUUUGGCUUGAUGAUUAUUGCUGAAA